GCGACGCGGAUCCUCGCACAGUGUUGGUGUUUGCGUGUGGUCCGGCUGGCCUGGUGAGGAGUGCGAGGGACGCCGCCCUGUCGCUUGGUGUGGACUUCCACGAAGAGACAUUUCUGCUGUAG